AUGACGAGCCUCCUGCAGCGGACCGCUCCCCUACGAGCUCGAUGUCCCCUCGACCUAGGCUCCCGCUCAGCCUUACCAUCACGCCGCAACUACGCCGUCCCUGCAGCGACCCCAUCUGCACCUCGACGACGAGCCGCCGUACCACCCUACAAAAAGAUCCUCGACAAGUUCGAAGACGUGCGCUCCAUCCUCGGCACCCAAAAGCUUUCCCUCGCAGAAAAGAUCCUCUACUCACACCUCGACAACGUCGAAGACUCCCUCCUCACUAAUACCUCGAACGGCAAGAACAUCCGCGGCAAUGCCAACCUCAAACUCAAGCCCGACCGUGUCGCCAUGCAGGACGCCUCGGCGCAGAUGGCUAUCUUGCAGUUCAUGACGUGUAAUCUGCCGAGUACGGCGGUACCGGCGAGCAUACAUUGCGACCAUAUGAUUGUGGGUGAGAAGGGCGCGGAUACGGAUCUGCCGAACUCGAUAGCGGGCAAUAAGGAGGUGUUUGAUUUCUUGGAGUCGGCGGCGAAGCGGUAUGGGAUUGAGUUCUGGCCGCCGGGGGCGGGGAUUAUUCAUCAGAGCGUGCUGGAGAAUUAUAGUGCGCCGGGGUUGAUGAUGUUGGGGACUGAUAGUCAUACGCCGAAUGCUGGUGGGUUGGGUGCGAUUGCGAUCGGGGUCGGAGGCGCGGAUGCUGUUGAUGCGUUGGUGGAUGCGCCGUGGGAGUUAAAGGCGCCGAAGGUGCUUGGUGUGAGAUUGGAGGGGAAGCUGAGUGGUUGGGCGUCGCCGAAGGAUGUGAUUCUGCAUCUGGCGGGCAAGUUGACCGUAAGAGGCGGGACGGGGCUUGUCAUUGAGUAUCAUGGUCCCGGUGUAGAGACGCUGAGUGCGACUGGUAUGGCGACUAUUUGCAAUAUGGGCGCCGAAGUAGGCGCCACAACAUCAAUUUUUCCCUUCUCGAAGGGACACGUCCCGUAUCUGAACGCUACUGGUCGAACAGCGAUCAUCGAUGCUGUUCAGGGCAUUGCGUAUGGGUCAGAAAAGCACAACUUCCUCGUGGCUGAUGAAGGUACGGAGUAUGAUGAGCUAGUCACAAUCGACCUUUCAACACUGGAACCCCACAUCAAUGGUCCUUUCACGCCAGAUUUGUCGACGCCAUUGUCCAAAUUCAAGGACGCCGUCGAGAUCAACAAAUGGCCGGAUACAUUCGGCGCAGGUCUGAUCGGCUCAUGCACGAAUUCGUCGUUCGAAGACAUGACUAGAGCUGAAGAUCUGGUCAAGCAAGCCCAUGCGGCAGGACUGAAGCCAAAAUCAGAUUUCUUCAUUACGCCAGGUAGCGAGCAAGUCAGGGCGACCUUGGAGGACAGCAACACCCUGCAAACGUUCGCCGCUGCAGGCGGCACUGUGCUUGCCAACGCCUGCGGCCCAUGUAUCGGACAGUGGAAAAGGACGGACGGCGUGCAGAAAGGUGAAGAGAACGCCAUCCUCUGCUCUUACAACCGCAAUUUCCCCGGCCGGAAUGACGGCAACCCAAAAACCAUGAGCUUUCUCGCCUCACCAGAACUCGUCACAGCCAUGUCAUACUCUGGCUCUACGAGUUUCAAUCCCAUCACCGACUCCAUUCCCUUGCCUUCCGGCGAAGCCUUCAGAUUCGAGCCUCCAAAAGGGAACGCUCUUCCCGGCUCCGGCUUCUCGAUCGGCAACCCGGACUUCCUCCCCACCUCAGCAAAACCAGACUCGAGCAUGCAAGUCGUCGUCGACCCCGAAUCCGACCGCCUCGCCAUCCUCGAGCCCUUUGAGCCGUACGGCGAAGGGGAGCUUAAAGACCUGAGAGUCCUCUACAAAGUUAAAGGGCAAUGCACCACCGACACCAUCUCCGCUGCUGGGCCCUGGCUCAAGUAUAAAGGGCAUCUACCCAACAUCGCCGAGAACACACUGAUCGGUGCCAUCAACGCCGAGACCGGCGAGACGAAUGUCGCUUAUGACAGUGAUGGAAGCAAAUCCUCCAUCCCGGACCUCGCCAAGAAGUGGAAAUCACAGAACCAAUCCUGGCUCGUAGUCGCAGAGGACAAUUACGGCGAGGGCUCCGCCCGAGAACACGCUGCAUUGCAGCCGCGGUAUCUCGGAGGGAAGGUCAUCUUGUCGAAGAGCUUUGCGCGCAUUCAUGAGACGAAUCUGAAGAAGCAAGGCGUGGUGCCUUUGACUUUUGCUGAUAAGGCGGAUUAUGAUCGGAUUAGUGCGAAUGAUAGUGUGGAGACUGUGGGAUUGUAUGAUGUGUUGCAGAGUGGUGGGCAAGGGGAGGUAAGGCUGAAGGUGAGGAAGGCGAAGAGGUGGGGGGGAGUUUGA